UCCGACAAAAAAAACUUAUCCUUGUUAAUUAUCGUACGAACUCAUAAUAACACUACAUUUUGAUUUCAUUUAUCUUCAACUUUUUUUUCUCUGGUGAUUUGUUGUAUUUAUUAGUCCGAGGAGCAUUCUCGUUAGUCCCUUCUUUGAAAAAGAAAAGAUAAAUAUUUGCCCACUAAUUUCUUUUUCUUUAUUUUGAAGGAUUUGCCCACUAAUUUCGAGUAUUAUAGUUUUUGGUUUAUGGGCUUACAACAGUUAUUGAAAAAGUGGUUCCAGCUGAAAAAUCGAGCCUUUUUGUAUUUCUGCAAAUAUCUUCGUGGUCUAAAACUGAAAAAUGGCGGUAGCUAGCUGCCACUCGAAGAAGAUGAGUUGCAGAAUGAAGGAAUUUAGGGUGGUGGGGUUAUUUCUUACUACAAAUUUCGAAAUGUCUUGUUGGAAUUUCGUCGAACAGGAAACAGACAUAGGAGAAAUUCAAAUUCCUUUUUCUUUUCUUUUUUUGGGAAUCUCUGUAUUUUGAUUGAUUAACACUUCUGUCGUUAUUGCCUUAUGUUUAAUUCUUCAGCUUCACCCCAAAAUCUUGUCACUUCCGAGAUGGAGGGUACUGUUGCAUCGGAUUCCAAGUAUUCCCCGAGCUGCUUCGUAGAGCUGAUGAACUACGAGGAACACGAUGAAUGGUCAAUCAGCCUUAGUAACUUAUCAGAUCAGAUGUUUCCCUCAGCAAAUUUGUCACCCUUAGAUGAAGUGGACUCUAUGGAAGAUUAUAUCUCAAGAAGCCGCGAACUGAGCUAUGAGGACAGGGUGUCGUUUGAAGGAGGGAUGAUGGCGUUGCAAGAGAUGGACGUGGAUGGUAUCGGUGAUUUGGACGGGAAGAUGUACAAGUGCUCGGAGAAACGAAAUACAACUGAUGUGGAGAGAAGUGUGAUCCCAAGGCCUCUUAGGCCAUCUUUGGAUGAGAAGAUGUCGAAAGCAUUGCAUCUUUGUAUACGGUCAUUUGGAGGUGGUGCUCUGGCCCAAGUAUGGGUCCCGAUGAGGAAUGGUGAUGAGUACGUCUUGAGCACGAGCGGGCAACCAUUUUUGCACGAUGGGCCACUUUCUGAAUAUCGGGAGAUUUCUAGAUUGUUUUCUUUUGCUGCUGAACCUGGAACGAGCUCUCUUCUCAGUCUUCCUGGCCGUGUCUUCACCUCAAAGGCUCCAGAGUGGACGUCAAAUCUGAUGUACUACAGUAAAGCCGAGUACUUAAGGGUGCAGCAUGCUAUUGAUCACGAUGUUCGUGGAUCUAUUGCUUUGCCUGUGUUUGAGGAGAAUUUAGAUGAGAGAUCGUGCUGUGCUGUGCUAGAAAUUGUAACUACUGAGGAGAAACCCAAUUUUGAUUCGGAGAUGGAAAAUAUAAAUCGUGCUUUACAGGCCGUGGAUUUAAGCAGCAGGCGAUCUCCUUGGCUUUCUCCGCAGAGUCUCUCAAGUAAUCAAAAUGCAGCAUUGGCCGAGAUCAAGGAUAUUUUGUAUGCCGUUUGUCGUGCUCAUCGCUUGCCACUUGCCUUAACAUGGAUUCCACGUAGUUACACGAAGAAUGCUGUUCUCAACGAGACUAAUCGAGGGCAAAUACGUAUACUUUGCCUCAAGGAAACUACCUGCUACUGGAAUGAUGCCUGUAUGGAAGGAUUCGUGCACGCGUGCACAAAUCAUUUCCUCGAAGAAGGAAAGGGUCUAGUUGGAAAAGCUCUGCAAUCGAACGAACCCUUUUUUUAUCCCGAUGUGAAGGAAUUUCAUGUAAGUGAAUAUCCACUAGUUCAUCAUGCUCGAAAACUUGGCCUAAGUGGUGCUGUUGCUAUCAGGCUAAGAAGUAGUUACACCGGUGAAGACGAUUAUGUAGUAGAGUUCUUUCUUCCGGUAAAUUUGAACGGGGAUAAAGCACAGCUACUCUUGGUUAAAAACCUCUUGGAUAACGUCUCAACGAUCUGCACUAGUCUGAGUAAAGUUUCAGACACAGAAUUAGUCGAGGAAAAGAAGUCUGACAUUCAGUUACUAAAUUGCAGAACAAAAGACAUAUCGACAGCUGAUUUACUCGUGAGGAGUUUUGAACAGCCAGUUAUAAACGAUGAGUUACUCUCCACCAACAGAAAUUCUAAACAGACAAUGGUUGGAUUUAGUAGACAGAUGGAGAAGAAACGAAACACGAGCGAGAAGAACAUUAGCAUGAGUGAUCUUCAACAGUACUUCUCCGGAAGCCUCAAAGAUGCUGCAAAUAGCCUUGGUGUGUGUCCUACAACUCUCAAAAGGAUAUGUAGGCAACAUGGAAUCGCUCGAUGGCCUUUCCGCAAAAUAAAAAAGGUCGACCGUUCUUUGAAGAAGAUACAAGGUAUGCUCGAAUCUGUUCCUGGAGUAGAAGGUGGAUUAGAGUUUGAUCCAACAAAAGGGGGUGUCGUUGCUAUGUUCUCCAUGACCGGAGAAGAUCUCGACCGUGGUAGAAAUCUUUUGCUUACCAGUAGAAGCAAUUUUUGCGAACAAUCUAAUAUGGUUGUCCAAAAUUCAGUAGCCCGUGGGGUUAUCGAUGUGGAAAGGGAAGAUGAAUCCAAGUUGGCCGCAUUAGACAUGGGUCCGUCAUGGCCGGCUAGUCUGAAUACGAUGCCUUGGAUGACUCCAUCAACGACUCCAAACGAUUCUUUCCUUUCCCAAGCCGGGAACAGUGGUUGGAAAACAUGUUCCGGUAAUGACAGAACGAAGAAUUCCGAUUCUGAUUUUGUUUCUGGAUGUUCAAGUUCGGUAAUUGGUGGGGACGAGAUUGACAACGGGACAAUCCGUACGAGCAAACAAGCGUCAUCAGACACAACAGACUCAUCGCACGUCUCUGAAUCCAUGCUAAUGAUGAGCGUCAGUUCAUCAAGCUCGGGUAGUUUUGAUGAAAAUUCACAUGUCAGGAGAGCCGCCGCUAGCUCUGGAUGCGGUGGGACUAAAAUCACGGUCAAAGCUACCUACAAAGAAAACACGGUACGGUUCAAAUUCGAGCCGGCUGCAGGGUGUUUUGAGCUGUAUUCGGAAGUGGGGAAGAGGUUCGAACUUCAGACAGGGGAGUUCCAACUCAGGUAUCUCGACGACGACGAGGAAUGGGUGUUGCUGGUAACUGAUUCGGAUCUGACCGAAUGUGUCGAGGUGUUGGAGUUUCUUCGCACUCGUACGGUGAAGUUUCAAGUUCGUCGUAUCGAGGAACUCAGGUACAAAACUUAGUUUCUCUGCAAGGGGCUAUUCAUGUCUAAUAUAUAUGAAGCUUGUUUUCUCUGCUAUUAUAUCAGGGUUAAUUGCCGGGAAAUCGCACCGCGAUUUCCGACAAUUAACCCGUUAUGUUAUAACGGUGAUGAUGCGAAGGCGUGAUCGGUUUCAUUGCGGCCUCAAAGAUAGGCCUUCUGGCAUGAGGAAGCUUUUGGUGGUUUCUCUGUUCUUUGUUGACUGUAAGGAGUCUCUUUGAUGCUUCUUUUGUUGCUCAUUGUACAUGGUUUCAGACAAUUAUUUAAGAUUGCUCUUUCUAAAAUGUCUUGUCAUAGCCAAGGAAGAAAAAACAUCAGUACUGUUUAGUUCAAGAAUAAUUUUACUAGUUGUUGCCGUAUUUUUUUGAUAAAAGAUACGGUUGUAAAUUUUUGUACAUAUUGCAUACAUAAAUUUGUACUCCCUCCGUCCCAUUAAA